GGGUAAGGUUGCACCACAAAACUAGCAUCUUCAACAGGUUCACUAUAAAUACCGCGGAUCCACCGGUAUCGUUACCAUUCCGUUUUUACUUCGACAACUCCACCGGACACCACCAUGGCUUUUAAGAUUGCUCUUCUCGCUGCCGUUUUGGCGAUAGCUUCUGCUAAGCCUGCCCCGCAGGUCUACCAGACAGUAGCCCACGCUCCGGUCGCCUACCACGCCCCAGUCGCCACCUCCUACGUCUCACCCUCCGUCGCCACCUACCACGCACCCGCAGUCGCCACCGCCUACCACGCUCCUGCAGUAGCCGCCUACCAUGCACCUGCAGUCGCCACCGCCUACCAUGCUCCUGCAGUGACCGCCUACCACGCACCUGCAGUCGCCACCGCCUACCACGCUCCCGCCGCCGUAGCGACCUCCUACCACGCCCCCGCUGCCGUGGCCACCUACCACGCACCA